AUGCUACGCACCAGAAGAACCAACACCGCGCCGUUAGAAGACACAUCCACGGCGCCAUCGACCUUCAACGACGGACUUCCGCUUCCGAAACUCAUCGCUUUCGAUCUCGACUACACGCUCUGGCCCUUCUGGGUGGACACGCACGUCAGCGCGCCAGUCAAGCCACGCGACAACAACUCGCGCUGUACAGAUCGCUGGAACGAAUCCUUCGCCUUCUACCCCGCCGUCUCCUCAAUUGUCCACGCCUGCAAAACCCACUCAAUCCCACUCGCGCUCGCCUCGCGCACCCACACGCCCGAUCUCGCCCGGGACAUGCUCAAAGCCCUCCACAUAAUCCCCACGUUCACGGACAACCCCGCCGCCGCGAAGAACAAAUCGAUCCGCGCGCUCGAUUACUUCGACUACAUCCAGAUCUUCCCGGCGAACAAGACGCAGCAUUUCUCGCGAAUCCAGCAGGCCAGCGGGGUGCGGUACGAGGAGAUGUUGUUUUUCGAUGACGAGGCGCGGAAUCGGAAUGUUGAGACGGAGCUGGGCGUGACGUUUUGCUUGGUGAGGGAUGGGAUGACGAGGGAGGAGGUUGAUCGGGGGGUGUGGGCGUGGCGGAAGAGGAAUGGGGUGAAGAGGGAGAGGAGAGAGGAUGGCGAUGAGGGGGAGAAUUAG